GCGCUCGCCCAACGGCGUGGAUCCUUUUUGGAAAUUAAUAUUAAAAAAAAAAAAGCCGAGGACGCAGAGGGGAAGGUGGGGGCAAGAGGGAAGGCGAGACACACUGAGAGGGAGACAGAGCCCCACACUGAGAGGAAGGAAGGAAGGAAGGCAGCAGUCGCCAGCAGCCGAUGUGAAGACCGGACUGCGUGCGCCCUUCGCCGCCUCUGCCCGGCCUCAUCGAUGUUGUGUCCGCCGCCCGCUCUCCCAUAUCACGAUGAACGCGCAGCUGACCAUGGAGGCGAUCGGGGAGCUGCACGGGGUGAGCCAUGAGCCGGUGCCUGCCCCUGCCGACUUGCUGGGCGGUAGCCCCCACGCGCGAAGCUCCGUGGCGCACCGCGGCAGCCACCUGCCCCCCGCGCACCCGCGCUCGAUGGGCAUGGCGUCCUUGCUGGACGGCGGCAGCGGCAGCGGCGAUUACCACCACCACCACCGGGCCCCCGAGCACAGCCUGGCCGGCCCCCUGCACCCCACCAUGACCAUGGCCUGCGAGACUCCCCCAGGUAUGAGCAUGCCCACCACCUACACCACCUUAACCCCUCUGCAGCCGCUGCCGCCCAUCUCCACCGUCUCGGACAAGUUCCCCCACCAUCACCACCACCACCACCACCACCACCACCCGCACCACCACCAGCGCCUGGCAGGCAACGUGAGCGGUAGCUUCACGCUCAUGCGGGACGAGCGCGGGCUGGCCUCCAUGAAUAACCUCUAUACCCCCUAUCACAAGGACGUGGCCGGCAUGGGCCAGAGCCUCUCUCCCCUCUCCGGCUCCGGUCUGGGCGGCAUCCACAACUCCCAGCAAGGGCUCCCCCACUAUGCCCACCCGGGCGCCGCCAUGCCCACCGACAAGAUGCUCACCCCUAAUGGCUUCGAAUCCCACCACCCGGCCAUGCUCGGCCGUCACGGGGAGCAGCACCUCACGCCCACCUCGGCCGGCAUGGUUCCCAUAAACGGCCUUCCUCCACACCACCCACACGCCCACCUGAACGCCCAGGGCCACGGGCAACUCCUGGGCACGGCCCGGGAGCCCAACCCUUCGGUAACCGGUGCGCAGGUCAGCAAUGGAAGUAAUUCAGGGCAGAUGGAAGAGAUCAAUACCAAAGAGGUGGCGCAGCGUAUCACCACCGAGCUUAAGCGCUACAGCAUACCACAGGCCAUCUUCGCGCAGAGGGUGCUCUGUCGCUCCCAAGGGACCCUCUCGGACCUGCUGCGCAACCCCAAACCCUGGAGCAAACUCAAAUCCGGCCGGGAGACCUUCCGGAGGAUGUGGAAGUGGCUGCAGGAGCCGGAGUUCCAGCGCAUGUCUGCGCUCCGCUUAGCAGCAUGCAAAAGGAAAGAGCAAGAACACGGGAAAGAUAGAGGCAACACACCCAAAAAGCCCAGGUUGGUCUUCACAGAUGUCCAGCGUCGAACUCUACACGCAAUAUUCAAGGAAAAUAAGCGUCCAUCCAAAGAAUUGCAAAUCACCAUUUCCCAGCAGCUGGGGUUGGAGCUGAGCACCGUCAGCAACUUCUUCAUGAACGCGAGGAGGAGGAGUCUGGACAAGUGGCAGGACGAGGGCAGCUCCAAUUCGGGCAACUCAUCUUCAUCAAGCACUUGUACCAAAGCAUGAAGGAAUAACCACGAACUGAAACCUCGGUGGAAAAGCUUUAAAUGAAAAAAAAAAAAUUUUUUUUUAAAGACCAGGAACUCAAGAUAGCAGGUUUAUACUUAGAAAUAUUUGAAGA